AUGAUCAAGUUCGUUAGGGCAAAUAUCGAUGUAUUCAUCUGGUCAGCUUUUGACAUGCUUGGUAUUCCUGCUGAUGUAAUUAUUUACAAGCUGAAUGUUGAUCUAGGGUUUAAGCCAGUUCAGCAGAAAAAAGAAGUUUUGCUCCAAAGAGGUGUAAUAUACCAGCAUCUCGCCAACAAGAUCUUCAAGCAUCAGAUUAAUCGAAAUAUGAAAGUUUAUGUUGAUGACAUGCUAGUAAAGAGCAUUGAGGAAGAUUGGCAUAUUACCAAUCUAAAGAAAGUAUUUAGGGAGCUCAGGAAGCAUCAGAUGAAGCUUAAUCCAAACAAGUAUGCUUUCGGAGUAGCCUUGGGUAAGUUUUUUGAUUUUCUUAUAAAUCAGAGAGGAAUAGAAGCCAAUCUCGAGAAGAUUCAUGCGUUGUUGGAAAUGAAGUGUCCAACUAUCAUCAGAAAGAUUCAGCAGCUCACCAGACGGAUAGCAGCUCUCAGUCAAUUCAUCUCUAAAUCAGCUGAAAGGUGUCUUUCAUUCUUCAAGACAUUAAGGCAGAUCAAAAAUUUCAACUGGACAAUAAAAUGCCAAAGUGCUUUUGAUGAUCUGAAGAAAUAUCUCAGCUCUGUACCUCUUCUCUCAAAACCAGUUGAAGGGAAAGAGUUAUAUAUGUGUGUAUCUAUUUCACCUAAUGCAGUUAGCUCAGUCCUUAUUCGAGAAGACAUAGACAUUCAAAGAUCGAUCUAUUAUAUAAGCAGAUUAUUGCGGGGCAUUGAGAUCUGA